UUAUUAUAUACACUUCUCUCAAUAAUUAUGACAACUUAAAAUUAAUGAUCUGAAUCAAACCUAGAGACAAUAUUUCAAAAAGUAAUGGUAGAAGAGUUUAAGUUUAAUUACUUAAUGCCAUUAUAAAAUGCCUCUAUUCCUCAUUUUUAUUAAAAUUUAUGAUGUGAAUGUAAAAGCACAAACAGAAUCUGGUAAAACAUUAACAUUUUUGGUUCCUUUAUUCAAUCAAUUUUAAAAAUAGAAAUAUUAAGAUCAUCAGUUGUUUGGUUUGAUAUUAUCACCUACUAGAGAAUUGCCAUAAUAAAUUUAUGAUUUAGUAAAAGAAGUUUAAUGUUGUAAAUUAAGCAAAGAUUGCAUUUGUAAUAGAUGGAACUUCAAAUGAACCUGAUGUUAAAUAUUUAAAUAAUAAAGGAUAUAAUAUAUUUAUAGCUACACAUUGCAAAUUAUAAUAAUUAUUGAAUAUAAGUGAAUUAUAAAUAAAUGUUAAAACUUUACAAUAUUUAAUCUUUGAUGAAGCGGAUAGACUAAUUAGUAAUCAAUACUAAUAUGAUGUUAGAUUUAUUUUAUCUAAAUUUCUUAAAUAGACAAGAACUGGUUUAUUUUCAGCUACUUAAUCAUCUGCGUAAAUUUAUGAUUUAAUGAAAUUAUGUUUUAGAAAUCCAGUAUAUGUUAAAUUUAAUGCUAAUAAGACUAUGUAGAUUAGUUGA